UGAGUCGGAACUCAAAUCGACCCGUCCUCCCUACGCUCAAGUGCACUUGUUGGUUUAUAUAACGAUGGCUGUUGUAGACUAUUUAGUGCCCUUGAUGUGGAAUUUGCAGCUGAUUUGGAUUCAGGGUCUGACACUUCCGGGUAAACGCUUAAUAAUACUGACAUCAGAUUCACAUACCGCAAUGUAACUGAAGGAUGCAGCAUAAUGACCGAGCAAAGACUUGAAGACACAGAUGUCAGAAUUAGCGCAGACCUCCUGACCGAGCCCCUGUCUGUGGAACAGGCCUGGUUCUCCGGAGAAUGACGCGAUUUCGCCGCAAAAUAUGCCUGGCCCUGUCUGCGUUGUCCCUCUUCAUCCUGGUCGUUCUGAAACUCCUGUCUCCAGAAGACAGGAUCUCAGGUGGUGGCUUUGGACUCGAAAUCUUUCCUCAAGAAAGGCAGGAAGAUGUGCAGGUCGACGCCCUGCCAGAGCCCAGCGUGAUCAAAAAGAUCUGGCAGGAGAAGGUUGUAAGCGUGUUUCGUAAAACUUCUCAAGAUCAAGAUCUUCCUCCUCCGAACUACAACGUGCACGUCUUUUACUACACGUGGUACGGGAACCCUCGCUUCGACGGGAAGUACAUUCACUGGAAUCAUCCGCUUCUGCCACACUGGAACGCCAAUGUAGCGCAGAAUUACGCGACAGGGACGCACGAGCCUCCGGACGACAUCGGCGCCAAUUUUUACCCGGCCCUGGGGGCAUACAGCUCUCGGGACCCUUCCGUUAUCGAGGUUCAUAUGCAGCAGUUACGGACAGCAGCCAUCGGUGUUCUUGCGGUGUCCUGGUACCCACCUGGCAUGAAGGACGAGAACGGCGAACCGACCGAAAACAUUGUGCCUUUGAUUCUGGAAGUAGCUGCGAAAUACAAAGUGAAGGUGGUUUUUCAUAUCGAGCCAUACCAGGAACGCAAUGACAAGAAUAUGUUUGAAAAUAUCAAAUACAUUAUUGAGAAGUACGGAGAGCAUCCUGCUUUUUUCAGAUACAAGUCGAGCACUGGAAAGCUUCUACCCUUGUUCUACAUUUAUGACUCCUACUUGCAAAGUCCAAAAAUCUGGGCACAGCUGCUCAAGAGCACUGGGAAGACCAGCAUCAGAAACACCCCGUACGAUAGCAUCUUCAUCGGCCUGCUCGUGGAGGAAAAACAUAAAUCCGAAAUCCUGGCUGCCGGCUUCGAUGGCGUCUACACCUACUUCGCGACUAACAGCUUUUCCUACGGUUCCUCUCAAAGUAACUGGAAGUCCAUUAAGGCUUUCUGUGAUCAGAACAGUUUGAUUUUCAUCCCCAGCGUAGGUCCAGGCUACAUCGACACCAGCAUCCGGCCCUGGAACGGGCAGAACAAGCGGAACCGCAUCAACGGGAAGUAUUACGAGACGUCCCUGAAAGCGGCGCUGGACACCAAGCCCCAGAUCGUCUCUGUGACAUCGUUCAACGAGUGGCACGAAGGGACUCAGAUCGAAACGGCCAUUCCGAAAAUGAGGCAAAACGCUUACCUGGAUUAUCUUCCCUACAAGCCGACUUUGUAUUUAGACAUUACACGCAGGUGGGCGGAGAAAUUCCAUCAAGAGCAGGAGAAAUGGCUGCGCUGACUCACUUGGAAAAAAAGAAACGCUAAAUAUUUACACAGAACUUCGCCAAGUAUUCAGCCAUCCCGCUUGGGUUAAGUCAAUGGAUGGUGAUGUCACUCUCAGCAGAUGUCUGUCAGACGUCCUUAAUGAAAUGAGAAAAAAAUAGCCUUCUGUAUAACAAACAAACAUAAACAUCGUUGUUGAUUCCAGUUGUGAAAGUAAAGAUCGCUCACUCUGUGAUUGUCUGAUUAUUCAACACUUUAGAUGAAAGAUUCAUAUGGGACCAGGAUUUGGAGGUCAGAAAUGUUUUCCUCCUCAAUAAUAGACUUGAUGUACAGAAAUCUAAAUAUAAUAAUAAUAAAAAGAUGACAUGCAGAUGUUUUGUUUAGGCUUCUACAUUAUUUAGACAAAAAUUUGUGGACACUUGACCAUAUGAUUGUUAUGUGCGUUCUGAAAACUUUCAUUUCACACUUGAUUUGAUGUUAUAAUAAACGCCACUCUUCAGGGAAGAUGUUUCGCUUGA